AUCAUCUGGUGUCAUGGCGUUCAGCCGUGCCGUUGACGACGGUGCUUUCGCAGAGGAAAAGGACGUCGGCGGGCACUGCACCCCCCGCAGGCCGUAACCCAGGAGGUGAAGCGACAGCCGCGACCGCGAAGCGACCGCCAUGCGCGGAGCCCGACGAGUCAUGGUGGCUUUCCUAUGUCCUACCGAGGUCCGGCCCGUCACCUCCUGAGCGUUCUCCUCCUGGCAGCCUGUCUGCUCAGCCAGUGGCCCAGGCCCGCUCACUCAGCGACACCGCAGGGCGUCUCAAAUCUGGGCAGCAGACUGUGUACCGCGAACCCGUUCACCGUGUGGGCCAACGAAACGGGCGAGGGCUCGGCGGGGGCGCUCAUGGUCUGGCUGCUGGCGACGCGGGACAUCAUGCCUUACUGCGACCUGCACAUCGUGGCGCCAGAGGGCGCCGGCGUGGUCAUGCACUUCCUGUCGGCCAGCCUACGCAAGGCUUCGCCGCGCCGCCCACUUCAACGCGAACCGCUGCGGCCUCAGGACUGCGUGGACACCGUCACCGUGGUGCACGUUCCCAGCGACGAGGCCUACUGGGCACGCAAUGACUCCACGGAGCAUGCGCGGGGAACGACCCUGGUGGAGACGACGUGCGUGCAGAAGAAGCUGACGGCCAGGCCCCACCUGAGCCCGCACGAGUCGACGCAUGCGUUGACCAGGAUCCGGCUCGUUGUCGGCGACAGGGACGAGAAGAGCAUCGUGGGCUACCAGCUCAAGUUCAACAUCUACCUGCACGGGAACUGGACCAGCUGCCCCUACGGAGACCAGUUUCGCUGCAAAGACGACAACUGCAUCUGGAACAAGCUCAUAUGCGAUGGGGCGACCAACUGUCCGGACACGUCUGACGAGUUCGAGGCCUCGCACGCGGUCUGCAGGAACCCGCUCAAUUUGGGCUUGCAAAUUCUGUGCUUCUUUGGAGCCGUCGGGGCUAUUGUGAUCACGCUUCUAACUCUGGACGCACUGGGACGCUACGUUCUUCACAGUAGAGAGGUGCGCUCCAAGCUGACACGCCGUCCCCACGUAAGACCCACGUCGCUGCUUGUCGUGGAGGAAGAACAAGCAGUGGCCCAGGUCCACGGAGUCCACGGCACCCCCCUCAACCUGCUGGACCGUGACCUGGCGCUAUUUGAGAAGCAGGCUGGCGCGGGAUCCCACGAUAAGCACAAGGAGAAGACAGUUGAAGGUGGCAAAGGGGCUGCCCCAAUUGAAAUGGCACCACGUCUCGGCUCAGCACCGAGACUUUCUCGCCGUAACACUAAGACCAGCCCGUCACUGGGCAUUCUUCGCCACGGCAAGUCUACAGACAGCUCCAGAAGCCGGGGCUCCUCGCCGCUCCACGAGGUCACCGACGGCAAGUUAUCCACGCUCUCGUACGAGCUCGAUUUCGACGCUUAUUCCUCCAAGCUUCGAGUGCCCGACGUCACUCCCGAGGAGUCAAUGCUGGUGGAAGACGAAAAGCACUUCCCGUCGGAUAAGCCCCUCAAGACGACAGAGGCCUUCAUGCGACUCCUAGAACUCACCGUCGGUAAGAAAACCGUUCCUGAGCGGUGCGGUAUCCUGUCGAACAUCUCGCCUCAAGCACACUCAAGCACUACGACAAGCUCGAGGACCACGCCGGUGCAAUCGAUUGCGUCUUUGGCCACGACAUCCGCACCGUACACGCCAAUACAAUCGAGUCCUUUGCCGUCACCAGAUGUGUUACAGAAGCAACGAAGUAGAAUGCCAAAGGAAACUCCAGAGCUGAGCUAUACCCCUUCGACGUCAAUUUCAUCCCAGCCAGUCCCGUCUUCGCCGCUCAGCGUCAGCAGUAUGACCGAAAAGCGGGUCCCAAGCAGUCCAUCAGCUAGCAAUGUUUCAAGGACUGUCGCCCCGCACUCCCGUGAAGGCAGUAGGUUUAAGGAAUCGAAAUAUGGAAAGCCGGAAGGCCCCAAGCCUACAGGUUCAAGGACUGGACCACCUCCACGACCGCCGGGCAAGUCUAAGCAUACAGCGCAAAAUGUUAAUCCAGCGCCCAGCGACCUGUCUAAGAAGCAGCCUCAUCCGUGAAGGUCCUAAACGCCGAGUCUGAACACUUGGUCGAUGCCUCGAACGUCCCUGUGCUCAUGGAUUUUGUUCACGGGCCUAAUGGAGAUAUCUAUUCGAAACCAUCACUUUCGAAAGCACUCAGCCGACACGUUGAACACCACAAAGAGGAAGUUCCUGAAGCGAUUGGAAAGCAAUGGGUGUUUCACACAUAGACACGCUUGGUCUGUGAUUGCGUCAUCGGCUCGAUUGUACAGGUAGUGUGCACUAUAAAAAUAAUGUUCAUGUAGUUUA